GCGGGGGAGGGACGCGCCGCCCGCCCGAGAGAGAGAUGGAGACGCGGGGGGAGCCGCAGCCGGCGGCAACAUUGACCCAGAAGGCUUCAGGAAACUUGAAACUGUUUUCACCAAAAUGAGUUGUUUUCACCUGUCUGGAUGUCACUAAUCAGAAGUUGGUAGAGUGGUUUCAACAAGAUCAUGCUGCAGGGACAAUUCGGGGUUCCUGCAUGGAAUAAAACUUGCUUAAGAAUAGAAUGAGCCAGGGAGACUCAAACCCGGCAGCAGUUCCACAUGCAGCUGAAGAUAUUCAAGGAGAUGACAGGUGGAUGUCACAGCACAACAGAUUUGUCUUGGACUGCAAGGACAAGGAGCCCGAUGUGCUGUUUGUGGGUGAUUCCAUGGUGCAGUUGCUACAGCAGUAUGAGAUAUGGCGAGAGCUUUUUUCGCCCCUUCAUGCAUUGAAUUUUGGGAUCGGUGGGGACACAACAGCUCAUGUUCUAUGGAGAUUGAAGAAUGGUGAAUUGGAGAACAUUAAACCCAAGGUCAUUGUCGUCUGGGUUGGAACAAAUAACCAUGAAAAUACAGCGGAGGAAGUAGCAGGUGGAAUCGAGGCCAUCGUGCGGCUGAUAAAUACCCGACAGCCACAGGCCAAAGUUAUUGUCUUGAGCUUGCUACCUCGAGGCGAGAAGCCAAACCCUCUGCGGCAGAAGAAUGCCAAGGUGAACCAGCUGCUAAAAGCCUCGCUCCCAAAACUCGCCAGCGUCCAGCUUCUGGACGUCAGUGGGGGCUUCGUGCACUCGGAUGGCGCCAUCUCGUGCCAUGACAUGUUUGAUUUUCUGCACCUGACGGGAGGGGGCUAUGCAAAGAUCUGCAAACCCCUCCAUGAACUGAUCAUGCAGCUACUGGAGGAGACCCCUGAGGAGAAGCAAGCUGCUCUGGCCUGAUCAGCUAAUAUCAGUGUUCAACAUCAUCCCAGCCCCAUCAGAUCAGUUCUAUCACUGGCACUACAGAAUCCUUGCUUAAAGCACUUUCCAUUGUAGAAUGUUACUGGAUGUUCGUAUCGAGUGUUUUGAGGGGGAGGGCUAACGUCAAACUGGUCUUGUACAUAGAAGGGCAGGGCUAACUGGUUUUACUGCAGGAAGAAAUUAGCUAAAGAAGAUUUUUACUUUUAAACCAUUCCUCAUUUAAAAUGAGAACAAGACUGUCACCUCUGUGCCCCUCACAUGCAUUAUUGCUCUAUGGUGCCCCUAGAUCCCUGUCAGCCUGACUCUAAUAACCCAUGUGCAGCUCUCGGUUUAGCUUUUCCCUUCCCUAGGCACUAUACUCUGUAUUACCUUGGGAACCAGAAUCGCAUUCCACUCACUAGAAACAAAACAGCUGCAUUUUUUUCAACAACAGUUCCCACCUUUAGAAGUUUUAUUUACUAAGGUUUUUUUAAGAGACACUUGUUGCUUUCUGGCUCUUUGUUUUUGAAGCAGCAUGAGACUAAAUGUAACUGGAAUUCAGAAAUGUAAAAACCAAAGUGUUAGUUGAGCUGAACUCAUUUAACACUCCCAAAAUAUUGUUUUGUUUUACAAAGUCUGUUAGCUGUGACAAACUUCAUUCCAUUGUUGCUUGGACUGUGGGCAGUCUCAUUUGGGUGCUGUUGAAUAUCAUGUCUCCUAUAGAACCUGUUCUUUGUUUUGGUUUGUGUACAGUAUUGGCAGCUUUUAACAGUUCUUUGGUUUAGGAGCUUAGUUUUCCAGCAAACGUCAAACACAAGCCCGUCAGAAACGUAGAACUGACAUUUCAUCCCACUAUGAGGGCUGUGCUACAGGAUUCUGUGCAGUGCUGUUCAUGUUCAUAGUUCCAAUUUUUUUAAAGUACGACUGUUACGCCUUUUUUUUAAUCCAUACUCAGCCCCUCUUUGCAAGGCCUGAACCAAUCUAAUGCUUUACGAGUUCUAAGGUGUAUAUUUCUUUAUUGCUUCUGUUUUACUUGUACAAACAUUUUAUUCAAGCAAAUAAGGCCUUUGACAGUAAAGAAUUGAGUCAGUCUGUAGCCUUUUCCUCUCCUGGACACUGCCCCUUUCCCCUCCAGCAAAGGGAGUUAGUGUGGAGAGUGGACUGUUCACAAGGACUCUCUGUCUCGCUAGAGCUUUUUAUACAAGAGCUAAUUAUAAUCUGUGUAAUGACUAUAUAAAAUUGUCAUUCGUUUAAAGGUGAACAGGGAAAAAAAAUUUCUUAUCAAUAAGAAACUGUUUGAGACCCAAUGCAGAGCCUUGCUACUUAAAAAUAAAAAUACUUUAACAAAGUUUAUUCUUCCUUGACUUACCUACCACAAUUGGAGUUCAGCGGUGGUAGUAUCCCUCAUAAUGGUUCACACCACCGCGCGCUAAAAUACAACAGCCAAUGCAGGCCUCUGCACUGGUUGAAGUGUUCGUGAAGGCUGCAACCUUCAACUGUCAUGCUGCUUUUUGGCAGGCAAAUGAAAGAGGAACUGAUUUUUG